AUGGGUAGUGACUAUGAUGAAGACGACUAUAUUAGCAACGAGAGUGAUGAAGAUGAACAUGACAUAUAUGAGGACGAGGCUGUUGAUGAUGAAGAUGAUGAAGACGCCUACAUCGCUGAUGAUAUUGAUGAAGACAAAGAAUCCAUGGAUAGAAUUACGGAGAAGAAUUUUAUUGUGUUGGAGGCUGAAGACAUCCGAAAACUUCUACAGGAUGAAAUCGCGAAAGUUUCAUCCAUUCUCUUCGUUUCAAGAGAAGCAGCAACGAUUUUAUUGUGCAACUACAACUGGGAUGUUGAUAAAAUCAGUGAAGAAUGGUUUGCCAAUGAAGAAAAGGUCCGACAAGCUGCUGGAUUGUUGGAGAACUAUUCGGCUCGUGAUCUUUCAAUAAAAGAGUUCUUUUGUGGGAUUUGCUUGGAGAAUCAUGAUUGUCGUUAUGAUGCUGUUGGGAUUGCAUGUGGUCAUCUCUUUUGUAAGACCUGUUGGAAAACUUAUAUUAGCACAUCCGUCAAUGAUGGCCGCGGCUGCUUGAUGUUGAGAUGCCCUGAACCCAAGUGCAGAGCCACGGUUGGUGAAGAGCUGAUUUAUUCUUUGGCAUCUGAUGAAGACAAGGAGAAAUACAACAAUUAUCUUGUUAGAUCUUAUAUUGAAGAUAGGAAGAAGACUAAGUGGUGUCCUGCCCCUGGAUGUGAUUGCGCUGUUUAUUAUAUUGUUGGAAGUAGUAGUAAUGGAAGAAACUUUGAUGUUACAUGCAAUUGUUCGUAUGGAUUUUGCUGGAAUUGUUUGGAGGUGGCUCAUAGUCCGGUGGAUUGUGACACCACAGGGAAGUGGAUUGUAAAAAACAGUUCAGAAGCGGAGAAUACGAAUUGGAUCUUGACUUAUACGAAGCCAUGUCCAAAGUGCAAGAAACCAAUCGAGAAGAAUCAGGGUUGUAUGCACAUGACCUGUAAGUCCCCGUGCAACCAUCACUUCUGUUGGCUUUGUUUAGGUCCAUGGUCAGCCCACGGCGAGAGAACAGGCGGGUAUUAUGCCUGCAACGCCUAUGAGCGAGCAAAGCAAAGUGCAGAAUACGAUGAAGAUAAAAACAAGAGGGAGAUGGCCAAGAAUUCAUUGCGGAAAUAUACACAUUAUUACGAGAGGUGGGCUGGUAAUGAAAAGUCAAGGAAAAAAGCAUUGAAGGAUUUGAAACUGAUGGAAGCCAUCCAUCUUGAGAAGCUGAGUGAAAUCCAGGGCGAACCUGAGACUGAAUUGCAGUUCAUCAUCCGUGCCUGGGCACAAAUUGUGGAAUGCAGGAGGGUUUUAAAAUGGACCUAUGCCUACGGCUACUAUCUACCGGAGGAUCAGCACAAGAAAAAGGGGCUUUUUGAGUACAUCCAAGGGGAAGCUGAGGCUGCUUUGGAGAGACUUCAUCAAUGUGCGGAGACAGAACUGCAAAAGUAUUUCUGCGAAGGAGUUCUUCAGGAGGAAUUCAAUGAUUUUCGCCAUAAGUUAGUGAAUCUAACUGGUUGGACUGGAUAUUAUUUUGAUAACUUGGUUAGAGCUAUAGGGAAUGAUCUGAUCUUAAAUUGUCAGGAUAGUUGAA